CUGCGCACCUUGCCACUGUGCUGACCCGGAAGUUAUUCCAGCAGAGAUCCAGCGUGUUUUAGUGAGGCAGCUGCGUGUCAACAUCAUGGGUAAGUCCAAACAGAUAGGAAACCACAAUAAUGGCAAGAAGAAGAAUAUUGCAAAGACUUGGAAGACUAAACGCAGGACGAAGGACAUUGACCAGAUUCAUGCAGACAUGAUCCCAGAAAAUGCGGCCAAGUUGCUAAAGCAAGAUGUAGAUUUUGAUGUCACAGGCUGUGCCCAGAAUUACUGCCUCCACUGCGCGAGAUACUUUGUGGAUUUGAAAUCCCUGAAGGAGCAUUUCAAGACCAAAGUUCAUAAAAGACGGCUGAAGAAGCUAAGGGAAGAGCCGUAUACACAGGCGGAGGCAGAGAGAGCGGCAGGGAUGGGCUCCUACAUCCAACCUAAAACCGUAGAAGUUCACACACAGCAGGUCGAGGAGGAAAUGGCCUAAAGGAGGGCUCUGUUCGGCCUCUCUGUGGACUUUUUUCCUUUUCUUUUGUAAAAACAUUUGGUCUGGACUCUGUUUUAGUGUUGUUUUUGUGCUGAAAUUAAUUUAUGGAGAUGGACUGAGAUGCUAAAUCUUCAUUUAAACUCCUACAGUCCAGUGUAUAUUCCAUAUAUUGGAGAAGCUCUGGAACAGCUGGCUUCAGAUUCAUAUACACGUGAAUGUGUGAAAUUAUGACAAGUUGUUAAAGAUAAAUUCUGCUCAAAACAAGCAACUGUCUGGAACUGAAAACUUUGCAAUGUUCAAUAUGCAUAUAUUACAGUAUUGUUAAACGUGCUGUAUUGAGUUUCAAUAAAAUUUAAAUCCCAA